ACCUCACGCCAGACCCCCACCAUGUCUGCCGACGCACCAUCUGAACUUCACACCUACACUACUGACGCCGAGGCCGCUACGGCCGAGGAGCACCUUGCGGCCCUGGUCGCCGGGGGCGAGCAUGCUGCGGCGGAAAAGGUGGCGCGGUCGCUCUCUGUCCAUUACGAGCAGAGCGAGCCAGACAAGGCUUGCCAGUUUCUGACGACGGCGAUGACUGCGAUCGAGGCUGCUGAGGGCACGCAGAUGGUCGAUCGUUAUGUGGUGUGCCUGGUGGACCAGGCGUUCCUCAAAAUCACCCAGCGCAAGGUGGAGGAGUCUGAGGAGAUUCUCCUCCGCGCCCGGGCCAUGGAGGACGAGAUGGCCACCGUGCCGCACGUGUCAUACCUGCCGAUGGCCCGCGUCAUGCUCGCCAAGGGUGCGUUUGACGAGGCCGAGACGCUGCUGACGAUGGCCAAGGACGAGCAAGAGCCGCUUGCGCUCGAGCAGCAGGUCGAGCUCGACCAGAUCUACGCCACGCUCGCCAUGGUCCGCCUCAACUCGAACCCUGCCGACGAAACCGUUGCCCAGCUGAUGGACGAAGCCAUCGAGUACUGCAAGUCGGCGUACGGCGACGAGUCGGACGAGGUUGCCGAGGCGCUCACCAACAAGGCCAUGUACUUCCGGCAAGUCGGCCAGAUUGACGAGACCAUUGCCACGCUUCGCCUCGCGGUCGACAUGUACGCUGCGCUCGAGUCGCCCAAGAUCAUGCAAGUCUCGCAGGUCCUCGUCUCGUUCCUUGCCUCGACCGGCAAGACCGCCGAGGCUGCCGAGGUGCUCGACCAGCUGCACGGCGUCAUGCAGGGCAAGCUCGGCGACGAGCACCCGAUGGUGGCCAAUAUCAAGGCGACCGCCGACGCGCUCCGCUCCGGCAAGAUGCCGCCGAUGCGCGGCGGUGGGCACGGCCACUCGCACGGCGGGCAGCCGUGCCACGGCCACGGCGGUGGAGGGCAUAACCACGGCCACUCGCACUCGCACGGUGGCGGGCACGACCACGGCCACUCGCACUCGCACGGUGGCGGGCACGACCACGGCCACUCGCACUCGCACGGCGGCGGAGACCAUGGUCACUCGCACUCGCACGGCGGCGGCGACCAUGGCCACUCGCACGGCGGCGCGGCGCCGGCCGGUGACGACGCAGGCUGCUCUGUCAUGUAA